AUGGAUUUAAGUCAAAAGGUACAAAUAAAAUUGGCGCCUUUGAAUGGCAUGACGCAAACAAAUAUAAAGCGAUGUAAAGAUAGAAAUCGACUAAAAGGUGGCUGUACAAAGCUCAUGUAUGCUUGUCAACAGGGAUUAACAGACACAAUUGUAAAGGAGGUUCGCUUGCAGGUAAAACAUCAAACAUGUGCUUGUCAAAGAGUCGUAACAAGACGAAGUGAAGGUCAUCAAGUGACCAACUCAAUUUUGAAACGUGAUAAGAGUAAUAAAAAUACAUUACAUUACUGUACCGGACAAAGAAGUUUACUGCCAGCAGCAAUAAUUGCCAUGACUGCGCCUCAUCUUAUGGAACAAGCUGACGAAGACGGCUUUAAACCGAUCCAUUUAGCGGUGAUUCAAGGAAGUUUGGAAACUGUAAAUCUUUUAUUAGCCAAUAAAGUGGAUGUUAAUGCGCUAGAUAAUGAAGGACAUUCCGUGGUUCAUUGGGCGACAGUAUGUGGAGAAGCGCAAAUAUUACGUGCUUUAUUAUCAUCCGGAGCGGAUGCGUCUAUUCCGGAUACCAACGGAGCCACUCCACUUCAUUAUGCGGCACAAAUGUGUGGCUAUGAUGGAAAAAGUGACAAGGCAUCAAAAAAGUUGUCACUUGAUAUUUUAAAUAUUCUAUUAAAAAACUCAAAGUCAUCGGUCGAGGUCGAAGAUAAAGAUGGAAGACAACCUGUGAUGUGGGCGGCAAGUGCUGGCUCGGAAGAUGCCAUAUUAGCUUUAAUUAAAGCUGGAGCUUAUGCCGAAAGUGCCGACAAAGAUGGCUUAACAGCACUUCAUUGUGCGGCAUCCCGUGGACAUACACGAUGCAUUGAAAUAUUGAUUAAGCUUUGCGGCGCUCAAACAGAUUUAAUUGACUCAAAUGGAUGUACCGCGUUGUUCUAUGCGGUGACAUUAGGACAUGCUGAUGCAACAGUUAAAUUACUUGACUUAGGUGCUGAUCCGAAUCGACAAGAUCGUAAAGGAAGGUCGCCGGGUCAUUGUGGUUGUGCGAAAGGCCAAUUCGAGACAGUUAAGCUAUUAAAUUCUCGUGGAGCGAAUUUAUGGUUGCGUAACGCACGAGGAGAUUUGCCAGUUCAUGAAGCAGCAGCUUCAGGUCGGAUUGAACUCGUCGAAUGGCUUUUGAAACAAAAGCUCAAUCAUAUUAAUUCAUCAAGUAACGAUGGUCGAACAAUUCUUCAUAUUGCUGCUGGCAAUGACAACAUUGACAUGUGUAAAAUGCUUAUUGAGAUGGGAGCUGAUGUAAAUGCUGUUUAUCGGAAUGCAAAGAAUGUCGUGAAGACUCCUUUAGAUUGUGCUUUACAAAAAGGUUUCCGUUCUACUGCCAAAUUCAUUCAGACACAUGAAGGUCUUCCGGCAAAUAAGUUGCGAUUGUCAGGACGUAAAACGACGCACAAUAUACUGCCUGAAUUGGAUGAGGUCAAACCAUUAAAGUUCACUGAAAUCGAAGUUUCUUACGAAACAAAAGGACGACAUCGUUCAAAAGCCUCUGACACUGACAGUGACAUUGAAGAGAAACAUCGACGAAAAAAGCAUCGAAGAUGUUCACACAAGCGACGAACAAGCAGUUGUAGUGAAAUGUUCAUUUGUCAUCGGGUUGAUGAACCUUGCGAGAUAAACCGAUCAAAAAGCAGCACUGAACUUCAUCGUCGACGUAAAUCCAAACAAUAUUCAAUCUCAUCAUCAUCAUCAUCAGACAGUGAAAGCUCACAAAGCGACUCUUCAGAUGAUGAAUGUUGUUAUCAUAUCAAACGCAAACAUCUUUGUUAUAAGAAAGUGAAAAGUAAAUCUCGAGAACGAGAUGGAAGUAAGAAACGUAAGGAAGAAGACAGCAGCAAGAAAGGAAGUGAAUCGUCGGAAUGUUAUAAAGAGAAUGGUGAGAAGGGUAAGAAAGAAAAGAAAAAGAAAGUUGAGAUUGCAUCAAGUGCUAAAAAGAACGACAGCAGCAAAACCUCGUCGGCAUCUAAAGUCAAAGGAGAUCAGAAGAUGACAAAGACAUCGCUUAGUUCUACAAGUAAAAAACGUCCACCAUCAGCAAAGCUGACGACAGUACAAAAGAAGCUCAGUCGAGAUAAAUCUCAGUCUAUUGAUAAGCCAGCAGAGAUUAAUAAUGAAGCAUCAAUUGACAUAUCAAAAAAGUCAACAACAUCAACAACAGCAGAAGAUGUUAGUGAAGAUGACAAGAUGGGAAAAGAGAUAACAACACAAGCAGAAGUUCACGAAACUUUACUGCAAACUGAUGUCGAUGAUGGCGCUUUAACUGAUGCUACAUACACAGUUGAUAGACAGGAAAAAAUUGAAUUGACUGCAGUUGAAUCGGAAGUGAAGAAGGAAAAUCUCGCAGUUGAAGGUACCAGUAAUGCUCAAACAUUAUUAAGUGAUGGAAGUAAGAAAGUCAGCUUUAAAAGUGAAGAUGGCAAAGUUGCUGAUGUUAACAUUGAAGCAUCUGUUGAACAACCCACCGAGGAACUAAAACCAUCAACACCAACCGUUAUCACUGCCACUGACAAGGCUUCAUCUCCAGUUCCACCUACAAUUGAAGAUGAACUUCCAGAAAAUAUUCAAAGGCCUAAAAGUCAAACACCAGAAUCAGUUGGAAGUUUCACCGUGUUGGAAGACGGUGACGAUGCAAAUCAAAAGCUGAAAGAGUUUGAAGAGAUGACGCAAGAUGAAGCGUUUGUUAAUGUAGAGGACGAUGAAAGUGAACAGCCUUAUUUUGACGAUUCAUCAUCAUUGGAGAAAUUGCCGAGGCGUGCAAAGCAACUAAAUUUCUCAGAUGACGAAGGUUUUAAAGUUCUCGAUGAAUCGAAGGAUCAAGAUUCUGGCAUCGAACCAUCGCCACGUUCACAACGUUCAAGAAUUCCAGGCCUACGCUCAUCAAUGCCAGCACGUCGUUCUUUUGUCGUCACGGAUGAUCGGCCGCAAAGCACUCGAGUUGGAGGAAGGAAACCUGGAGAUAAAAAUGCCGUGAACAUGACGACCGUGUCACAAUCAAUUCAAAAGAACAUGAGACGUUAUUACAUGGAACGAAAAAUAUUCCAACAUUUAUUGGAGUUGAAAAGUCUUCAGAUACGUUCAUGUAAGACGAAUGAGGCUGUGCUGGUAAAGCGUGCUGUCGACGACUACCAUAAAUCAGUUAACGACUUAGGCUUUGAAGUGGGUGGAACAUUAAACAAAUAUCCAAUGCGUGAAUAUACUUUCAAGAAUUUUGAACUCUUCUUGUACGAGACUUUGAAAAGCUUACAAAAGCCGGGAACAUUCAAUUUUCAGAACAUUUCUGAAGUUUAUCGAGAGGCGGAACGUCGUUUGAGUCCUGAUUACAGUCGCUACGAGAAAGCUUUGUACUGCACAACAAAGACUCAUCGUUGUUUACAUGCAACUCAUGCUUAUACUGGGAUUCCAUGUGCCGCUUACAUUCCGAUGAUGAAUCAUCAUACAAUGCCGAAGUUUGGCUUUGGUCCAUAUAAGACGACCGCUGGUGUCGGGACAUUUUAUCUACCGAAGAUUCUAACAAAUAAUCGUAGCAAAGUCUCGCUUGAGUUUAGUCAUGCGAACAACAGAAAAUAUGCCACAUCAAUUCCACUGCCAGCCGAUAAGCUCGACAGUAACAAACGUUAUCUCGUAACUUUUACAAUGAAAGAUCAGGAGAAUGAGAAACAAGUUGAAGAAAACACAACAGCUACUGACGAGUCGAAGUGAAUCUGAAAGUUCUGAAAUUUUGAGACAAAAAAAAGAAAAUUUUUAAAGUUUAAAACAAGAUUUAAAUAUCUAACAAAUAAAAGUCCACCCAAAGUGUUUCUUUCUUCAAAAAGUUUCAUCAUUUUAUUAUUGUUUAUUAUUCAAUUAGCUCCUCAUUUCGUUUCUUUACAUAAAUCUCUUUUUAUAUCUAAUGAUUUUAUAUUUGUAAUUACUGUAGAAAAAUUCCCACAUCCAAAAAAAAUUUCUUUCUCUCUAAGUUCUUCAUUAUUUACUUUUACAAAGUUUUUCUUUCUCUUUACAUAAGUUUUCUUAUUCUCAAAUCUUGUUUCUGGUUUCUGUUUUGUUGUCAUAUUUACAAGAAGAAAUUUUCCUUCUUCAUAUUGAGAACUUUCUUUUAUUUUAUUUUUCACUUCUUUUUC